AUGCACUGGCUGGGUGAAUGCCCAGCGACGAGCGAGACCGAGAAGGAAGAGUUGUUGAAGCGCUUUCGUAACGCGCGGAAGGCAAAAAAGGCAAAGCUGAAGCGGCUCGGCGAACUCCUGCCGACUGCCGACCGUACCGUGGUGCUGAACGGAGUACUGGAGCUACCCUAUUGUCCAGACAGUGGCUCAGACUACACAGUCAUAAGACGCUCACACUGGGAGCGACUAUGCAAGUUAGACCCCGAGGUCCAAGCGGAAGAACUCGAAGUCCCAGUACAGAACCAGACGUUCGGUGAUAAGAAGGUGACGGCCACGCACAAGGCCAAGAUUCAAGUCCGGAUCCACACGGCGGUGGGACGGUGGAACCGAUGA